AAAUCAACUCCCCCUUCCAAAGAGCUAGGGUUUUACAUGUCAGAGCUUUGCCACUUCGUUUCUGCUACAAACCACAGCCGAGAGAGCUUCACCGAGGAGGAGGGCAGCCGCAUCGUCGCCAUGGUGAAGUACUCGAGAGAGCCCGAGAACCCUACCAAGUCUUGCAAGGCAAAGGGAUCGGACCUCAGGGUUCAUUUCAAGAACACAAGGGAGACAGCUUUCGCCAUCAGGAAGCUGCCCUUGCUCAAAGCAAAGAGAUACUUGGAGGAUGUUUUGGCCCACAAGCAGGCCAUCCCCUUCCGCCGCUUCUGUAGGGGUGUUGGAAGGACCGCUCAGGCCAAGAACAGGCACUCCAAUGGGCAGGGUCGUUGGCCCGUGAAGUCUGCCCAAUUCAUCCUCAACCUGUUGAAGAAUGCUGAGAGCAACGCUGAAGUGAAAGGUUUGGACAUCGAUGCCCUCUACGUCUCCCACAUUCAGGUCAACCAGGCCCAGAAGCAGAGGCGUCGCACUUACCGUGCCCAUGGAAGAAUCAACCCUUAUAUGUCAUCUCCCUGCCACAUCGAGCUGAUCCUGUCUGAAAAGGAAGAACCUGUCAAGAAGGAGCCCGAGACUCAGUUGGCAACCAGCAAAGCUAAGAAGUGAAAGAUCCUGGUUGGGCGGUUGCUCCUCCUUAUUCAUUCGGAUAGUGCUCGAAGAAACUCGUUUCUUCCAGAGAUUUUUGUCAUUUUUCUGGUCUUUCUUUUCUUUGAGCAAACGACUCUGCAGAAGUUUCAGACGGCCAGUUGUGUUGAACUUAGAAGAUGUGCUUAACUAUGCAGUUUUAUGAUGUUCUUUAACUGUCCCUACGAGGGUUGAUGGAGCUUUUCAUCUUUCCCUUCGCCUUCUAUAUUUCCUCUUCUCUAGAGUGAACUUUUGAAAGCUACUUCUCGAAGCA